UUUUGUUGUUUGGCAUCUCUUCAAAAGAAAAUGUUUUGGACAACAACAGCAACACCUUCUCUAGUUUUAUUCUUUUCUCUUUCAAUUUCUGCUAUAACAAUUACUCUUUUUAAUUGUUCGAAGAAGAAAGAAGAAAAGCCAAAGACGAAAACGACGAAGAAAACCAAAACUACAAAUAAAAAGACAACUAAAUCUCCAGUAAAGAAGGUAAAAGAUAUUUUAAAAUUAAUCCCUUCUUGUUUUUUAAUUUAG